AUGGCCCUCGCCGCUCCUAGCACGGACCCGGCAGUCCUGAUCGCCCAAGAAACUAGUGAUGAGUACACCUUCCGCAGUUUCACCACCGACACGGCCUGGCAGCUCGGCACCGCCCUGCGCACGCGGCUCCUCGCCCUGCCGGCGGGCCGGCGCAAGCCCGCGCUCAUCUCCAUCGCGCUGGCGACCGCCACGGGCGGCGGCAGCGGCAGCGGCAGCCCGCCGCACGUCAUCUUCCAGAGCGCGACCGAGUCCGGGACGGUCCCGGACAACGAGAACUGGGUGCGCCGCAAGCGCAACACGGUGCUGCGGUGGGGCCUGUCGAGCUGGGCCAUGCGCAUGAAGACGGCCGCCGGUCUGAGCGCGCUGCCCGCGGCGGACGAGAUCGAGGCCGCGUUUGUGAAGAAGUAUUCGCUUGCGAGCGCCAACGGCGGGGCCGUGGCGGAUGAGUAUGCGAUUCACGGGGGUGGGUAUCCCGUGCGUGUGCGUGGUGUCGAGGGGGUUGUUGCGGUGGUGGUGGUUAGUGGGCUGAAGCAGGAGGACGAUCACGAGGUUGUGGCGGAGACGGUGAGGGAUAUUGUUGCGUCGCAGGAGAAGUGA